AUGUUCGCCGACAGUACGUUGAUGAGUCCGGACUUUGACGAGGACGCCUAUCUCCGCUACGCCCUUCACGCCACGAACGGCCACGCCGAACGGGUCCGGCUGGCGAUGUGCGCCAAGGCGGUGCGGGAGGAGGUCCACAAAAUAUUGUCGGAGAACGCGGAGGAUAUGGUCCGGCAGGUGACCGCCGCCUGCAGGGCCCAGCGGGAUGUCGCCGGCGUCCGACAGGCCACCGCAUCGCUCGUGCACUCGAUUAGUAAACUGCGGAAUACGGUACAGGAACCACAUCGGGUCAUUAAUGCUAAUAUCAUUAAAUUGGAAAAUAUAAAUGCGGCACUAAACACACUUCGAAGUAUUCUUAAAUUUAUAGGCCUUACAACACGGUUGAAGAGUCAACUUCCACAAGACCUUGCCCGUGCUGCCCGUACACUUCACGAAUUAGAGGAACUUUUACAAACUAGUAAUAUUACAGGUAUAGAAGUAGUGGAUAGUCGCAUGGAUGCUGUGGAAAAGGCUGCAGUAGUCAUUCGAACAAAAGCACAAGAUAUGCUUCGACGUGGGGAUACACAAGAUACAAGUGGUGUCGCCAUUUCUCUACAAUGUUUCUUUAUUCUUGGUAGUCUACCUCGUGUAUUGGGAAGUCUUAUGACAGAACAAAAACGUGAAGUAAUGAAGUCAUUAAUGAGAGAUUUAGAUUUACAGAGUAUGACAGAUGAAGUGAACCUUGGAAAUAAUGGUUCUGCAAGUGAUAUAAAUAUGCGAACACGUGAAGUAAUCUUUUCACGUCUGAAGUCAGCCUUUACAAACAUAGCACAACAUACUCAAGUAGUUGUAGCUGUUUGGAGAGUUUUAUUAAAAAGAGUGGAUCCUGUUACACAUAUUCCUUAUCUCAGUGCUAUAGAGAAUCCAACAUCUGUGUUAGGGGAUUAUUGGCAUUUAGUCACAGAGAAACUUCGUGAACGUUUACAGGCUAUUCAAAGACGUCCUAAUUUUCUUGCCGCAUUAGCAUCUGAUAUAUUACAAUACCGUAGUCUUUUAAAUUCAUUUUUAGUUGAUAUGAGAGAACUAUUGGAAUUACUUAGUCGACUUAUGGAAAUGGACACUCUCGCCAUGAGGCGAACGAGUAGUUCUUUAUUUUCUAACACUUCACCUGGUGGGGUAGAACAGUUAAAACGUAUUUGGCUUUCACAAGUUACACAAGAAGUAAAUGACCGUUUCGCUGCUCAUGUGAUGGAUCGACAUAAGGAACGUUUACAUUAUAUACUUUCAAAAUUACCAUCUAUUAUUCCAAGUAAUAAUAGUAGUCGUCCUAGUAGUAUGAGUAUCGUGGUGGAUCUUCAACGACCACAUGUGCCUGCGGCUGUGCAGGUGUUGGAAACACGUAGUUACACCGUAGUGGCCACACAAGAUGUUACCAUGUACCGUCAAGACCCAUACGCACUCUCUAUCGUACUGGACUGUGUUAUUCAGUCUUUAACCACAUUUAUACAACCCGUAACAGAGGCGAUUAACAAAUGGCCACUCCCUCCACUUCCCUCCGUCUCUGGUGAUACUACGAGUGCUCAAUUAUUACACAUAUGUGUAAGUAACGCAUGUACACUUUUAAGUAAUGACUUGGAAGCUUUAUUAGCUUCUUUACCAGAAGAACUUUUUACAGAAGAUCGAGCUACAGAUAGAUGGAUCUCUGGGGUUGAAAGAGGAAUUGAUCAAGAGGAAGAUGAAGGAGGAGAGACUAGUUCUAAUGCACGUAAACAUGUGGUGGAUAAACGUCGUCAAUUACGUGAUUUGACAAACAAAUUUAAAUCUAUUAGUGAACAAGCCAUACAACCUUUUUUUAAAUCCGCAUCUGGACUCCUUCUUGACUCUAUCUCAAUGUGCGUUGGUGGAGCUCAAGGACAGGAAGCUGCAGGUGUGGGACAAUUGCAAAGUCAAAUACAACAUUUCAUGUCUCAUUUCUAUUAUCUUUUUGAUCCACAAACUUCCACACUGGAUGAAAAUGCACGAAAACUUUCAGAUAUUCUUAUUGCACGAUUGAUUGUAGCGGUAACACUUCUUUAUCCUUUUAAUUCUUCCACCCAACAACAUGUGUUGUGUUGUUUACAACAGAUUUCCCGCGUGGUAUUCUCUUUUGGCCCGGCCAGUAGUCAUGGCUCUAUGGGUCGAAGUACAAUGUCUCUGAAAGGACAAUUACAUCAACUCGCGGCGUGGUAUAAUAUACAGGAAGAGGCAUUCGACAAACCCGUAGAGGAAUGGUAUACAGUUCUGGCCACACUUCCUCCUGUGAUUGCCCGUUUAUUACUUCUACAACGUAUUUUACAACCCUCUAAAGGGGUGAAGAAGCCUUAUACGAUACUGCGGGUAAAUCCGGAUAACUUUGUGGAGAUGAUUGAAAACGCCGUGCUGGAGCAACUCCGUCUGGCGAAUUCACCCCAACGGGGAUUCACCGACGGAGGCACAACGCUCCCAACAAUGAUGCGAAUGGGAGAAGUGAUGAAUGCCGUGGAGACGUGUUUUCGUGAGGCCGCAGAAGCAACACGUGAGGAUGCUUCUCAGGCGCCUAUGGUUCGUUGGGUGGAGAAACUAUGGGCAUUACUGUAA